GGGCCUUAACCCUCCCCACCCCGCCGGGGGCCAGACUGGGCGUCGGCUCCGCUCCGGCCCGCCGUAGCCUGCCUCCCUGCCAUGGGCCGCUCCCGCUGGGGCUGACCCUAGCCUGGACCUGGCAGGUACCGGGGGGCUCGGCUGCCUGGCUCCCUAGGGGGUUGCCCAGGGCCCCGAGGAAGCAAGGGCUGGGAGCUCGGACGCCUGGCUCUGCUUUUGCCCCGGUGGCGGACUCCAGGGGGCCCGGGCCCAGCAGAGCGGGGCUGGCCAAGCCCGAGGACCCCCCAAAAGGAUGCCCAUCCUGAAGCAGCUGGGCCCGGCCGGGCCCAAGAAGCGCUUGGACCGAGAUGCCAUCUCCGCCCCGCUGGGCGACUUUCGGCACACCAUGCACGUGGGUCGGGGGGGCGAUGCCUUCGGGGACACGUCCUUCCUGAGCCGCCACGGCGGCGGGGGCCCCCCUGGCCCGUCCCCCAGCCCCUCUCCGGCGCCUUCGGCCGCCCCAUCCCCGGCGCGCCCCCCUCUGGCCGCCCCCGCCGCCCCCCAGCCUCCGCGGCCCUCGGACAGCCAGCCUGAGUCCCGGUCGCCGGCCGGAGAUCCCUUUCUGUCCUUCCACCUGGAUCUGGGACCCUCCCUUCUGGACGAGGUGCUGGGAGCGAUGGAUCGGGGCGCCCUGGCCGGAGCCGCUCCCGCGCCGAGGGCCCCCAGCGGUGGGCUGCUGACCGCCCAGCCUGCCUUCGGCUCGGUGGAGGACCUGGACGAAGUGAUCGGGCUGUAGCGGAGCGGCCGGACCGCGGCCUGGCCGGGUACCCCAAGUUUUCCUACGACGCCCCAUGUAUAGCGCCCAUCUCCCCCCCCCCGCACCCCACCCAGCCCUGCCCCCAUUUUAUACAUAAAGAAAUAGCAACCAGG